UGCAAGCAUGAUUUUAAAAUCUAACGAAAUAUUGUGUAACGUGAAACGUUUUACACGUUAAACAACAAUCGAAUAUUUUAUACAAUUCCAUUUGAUCUGAUUUGGCCAUCAUUUUUAAAAUGAUAGUGAACAAUGUAAUAACUAUUAUUUUUAUCGUAACAACUGGAACAGCAUUCGUGCGAUGUGCAUUUUCAGCAGGCAAACACGGUACCAAAUUAAAAAAAGAAGCAAUUGAGUACAAACCAAGUAAUGAUGUUCUACUACAUUCUCUUUCGGACUUCGGCGUCGUACGAAGAUCAUUGAAUCCGAUGACAUUAUUCGGACAAUAUAGCUAUGAAUAUCAAUUAAUAAGUGAUCAAAAUGUUUCAAAUGGCAAAACUAAAAAGAAUGCAGUAAUAGAGAAUUUAAAACUAUCAGUGACGUUCCGUGAUAAUAUACUUUAUAUCUUCUCGUACUUGCUUUACGGCCGUGAAAACAAUUUGACGGAAGAACAACAUACAUCCUUGGAAACGCUUUAUCAAUUCCUCAAGAAGAAAAUGGUUUAUAUGUACAAUUUAUUACCUAUUUUACCUAAAUUGGACAUCACAGAUAAAAAUCAACAGACAAGAAUCGUAUUGUUAUCGCUGAUAAAAAAUCUACCAUUUUACAUUCAAUGUACGGCUAAAUAUUUAGCCAAUGAAAUAGAAUGGAACAGAAUUGAUUUAAAUACUUUACUAAAAUCAACAAAAUCUGAGACAUUUGAUUAUCUUGCCGACAUUGAUUUAAACACGCUGUCAACAAAUAGAAUUAGAAACGAAGAAAUGAUAGGAUACGAUGAAAAUUCAAAUAUCACCCAGAAAGCUCUUGGUCCAGUAUUUGUCAAACUUAUUUAUAAUUUACAAACAAAAAAGCUAUCUUUAUCGCAAGAACUAUUCGGUUUGAUACUGAUAAACUUACCAAACCUUAGCGAGGAUCCCGUACUGGAAGAAAACGUCAGAUAUCUGUAUGAUCUAACAAGAAAUAAUAUCAUCGAUAGUAAUGAUUGGGAUUCAAUCAGGAAAAAUUCCAUUGACAAUGAUGCUUAUACACUUGUUUUUUCUAUCUUAACCAAAAUUCUUAAUUCAAACGUACAAAUGGUCGUAAAGGAUUCUACGUCUUACGUAUAUCAUCACUUGAAGAUUAUAACGAUUCCAACUUAUCUUGAUUCCAACUUAAAAUAUAUGCAUCAUUUGCUGGAAAAAGAUAUAGAUAUAGGAUUGCUGCUUUCUGCCGUUAUUCCUCAAGAAUUUGAUGAAGAUACAAUUCGUAUGAAAGAUCGUUUACUAACGUACUUCAUACGCAAUUACAGAAACGAAGAUAUAACUAAAAUUCUUAAGGGAUUCAACAAAUUUGCCUACAACGAUCCGUUAGAUCUUCUAUUGGCAUUUCUAACAAGACUUAUAAAUCGCGUUCUAAGCUCUCCAAAUACUAAUUCAGUACAACAAUUGGCUUCAGCUUUGCUAUCAGCUAUAUUCAUGAAAAAGUAUUCUAGAAUUUUCACACCGUUUGUGUCACCCGAAAUUGAUGUAUUGAUACUUUUAGAAUCUGUGCAGAUCUCUGACGUGGAUCAAGUACUUCAGUCAACAGUAGAUUCCAUAAAACUUGAGUUAAUUUCAAAGCCAAAAUUAUCUGUACUUUUGAGUACCUUAAUACCAACAGAAAAAGAGAAGUGUGAAACACCAAAACAGUGUUUGGUGAAUACAUUCCAGCAAGUAUCAAAAUUACAAAAUAAUAUAUCCUUGACUUUAACGACAAAAAUUCAAAACAUAGCGUAUAUUCUGAAAACAACUUCACAGCCUCAGCAACUAAAAGAAAGCCGUACUAUACAAUAUUCCAUAAAACCAGUAGAUGUAAAUCUCUAUCUAAAUCGGGAUCGGAAGAAUCCAAUCGCAGUGACAAUAAAGACAGAUAAUAUGUAUACAAAUAAUGUACCUUCAGGUAGCAUCAACGGAGUUUCGUACGUAUGGAACUUAGAUAAAUAUGUUGAUAAAACUGGUCCCGCUGUACAAAAUGAAUUGCAAGUUGAAACUGUAGGAUGGGAAACAGGAAUUGCUACAGAAAUCGAUUUUACAGAACCAAAGAUGGUAUCGCCAAUGAUAGAUCAAAUGCAUAUCACAGAGAUAAAAAUCCCCAAACUAAAAGUCACCCUGUCAAAAGUCAACCAGCCAAAAUUCACCCAAAAACACAUCACUGAACAUGAACCUAGAGAACGUAUAUCGAAUCGACCAUUAACUUUGAAACCUUCGUUAACAUUAAUAUCUGAUGUUCCUUCUUUGGGAACUUAUUAUCCGACGCAGAAACCACGAAAAAUGCAGCCGCGAUACUCAACAUUUAUACCGACCGAUCGUGUUGUUGAUGAUAGUAAUAUAAUAGAGGAAUAUAUAAAUAUUCCGUCUUCAAAAAUAAUUUACGGUAAAAAAAAAUCACCGAAUACAAGUAAAGAAAGUGAAGAUCAAACUUCUUUAUCGGAAGAAAUAACUAAAGAAGAAAUAACUAAAGAAGUCACAACGAAGAAAUCUACUAAAACUAAACCAAGGGUAAUUAAACAUAUUAAAUCACAAUUAUUAGACAGCAUUGAAAAAAAAGUGCAUUCUGAGAACGUCGUAUCAAGUGCGAUAGUAUUACCUCCGUCUAUAGAAACUGAUCAGCCUCUUAGAGUAUACCUAUUUAAUAGUAACGUCCCAAUUGCAACGACGAGUGAUGAUUAUAACACAAUGGAACCUGAAGUCGUUUUACCAGAUAUCAAGGAACUUCUAAAACCGCCGGAUAUAGAUAAGUUCAUGCAAAGUAGUGAUUCACCAAUAGUAACUCAAGUGUUACAACCAUUAUCUAUUAUAUUUGGUAAAAAUUAUAUUAAGAAAAUCCUGAAGAAUGUGAAUAUAAAACAUUAUCCCACAAAUAUUGCAUUAUUGUCAGCAAUACUUAAAGAAGCUAUAACUUAUCCGGAAGUAACACAGAAUUCGCAAUUGACAAACGUAAUUAAUCAAUACAUUGUCAGUAUAGAAUAUGUGAGUCCAACGAUAUUAUUACCCGUCAUAGUUUCGUCAAAGAAGUUGCUAUCAGAUAUUAUAUAUUCUACGUUUAACCCAGAUGACUUAACCCAAGGUACAAUUAGCGAAAAUCCACCUGAUGAAUCAUUACCUGACAGUAUCACUGUACCUCUCGUCAAUCCUAAAAUAUUGUUGGAAUCUAUAAAUCCAUCUAAUCCUUACGUUGAUCUGCUGCCUACUUUGGAAAAAGGAGAUAUACUUGCGAAAACAAUACAACCUAUCAGAAUGAUUUUCACAUUUAAAAAAAUUGCGGAAAUACUUGGACCAGAUUUUCAACCAUUGGUGUAUCCAAAUAAAAUUACACUUCUGAUAACGCUCUUGCACAAGCUACAGAAAAGUAAAAUAAUUCAAGCAAAUGUAAAACUGAAAUCCGCAAUUGAUUCUUAUUUACAAGCUUUUGAACUACCAUCGAUAAGCAUUCAAGUAUCUGAAGAUCGUUUCGUGAACAUGAAAUCUGAAACUACAGGUCAGUGGUUACCUGAACUAACGAGUUUGAUUUCUGCUCUUCCAACACCUGAGACCGAUACUGAAACGACAAUGAUGGAAGAGAUAGAGCAAUAUCUCGAUGAUCCAACUCUUUUGGAAAAAUUAAAUAUAGCUAAACCACCAGUAACCAUGUCUCGCGGAGAACUAUUGCAUAAAAUUAUUCGUAUUUCAUUGUCCGGUACAAUAAAUAUCGAUAAAAGUGUUCUGAAAGCAUUUAGGUAUUACAAGGACAAAGUAGAAUUCAUCGAUUUGGGUGCUCUGCCCAUCAUGUGGAUGUGGGUCGAAACGUACGUAUUUAAGGCUGAAGUACAAGUAGGAGACAUGAUUCAGAAGACGGUGAACUUCGAUCAAUUGUCAUAUAAAGAAAAAUUAGCGUAUAAUGAUGUAAUAACAUAUCUAGCUCAAAAUCCUAAUCUUCUUCAAGACAACGAGGACUUUGAUUUUGAAAAAUAUAAGACACAAGGGAAAUUUGUUAAGGGUUUAUUCACAUAUUUGCUGAUGAAAUCAGAGAUCAAUAAUAAGAUUAAAAAGAACAUUAAAAUGAUACUUUCACACGUGACGGAGAUUGGGGCAGGCGCAGUCGCGAUGCCAAAUUUAUUUGGAUUUUAAAAGAUUAGAUAUAUUAAUUAAAAUCUAAUUCACUAAUUGAAGGGCUCUAAUCAAAGCAAUUUGAUCUGAAUUUAAAAG